CCACUCAGUCACGGCGCAUUAGAGUCACGCUCAGACCUUCAGCAGUCUGACACCUGAGAGAGAGCUCGAGGGCAUGGCGCGCGGGACGGGCUGGAGCGCACAAACCCCGCGCGCUUAGUUCGUUUUUGGUGGAUAUGCGGCGCAACAGGAGGGACACAGAAGCAGAAGAUUGUCCCGAAGUUUUACCUGAGAUCAGCGGAGCCGCUGAAAGUGCGUCAAACUCUCGUGCGCUUUUUCCAUGGAGAGGCGCACAUGACAAGAGCAGCUCCCUCUCAGUCAGCAUCUGUGUGAAACAUGGCGAGGGGAAGCCUCGGAGCUCACUUGCUCGCCGUGUUCUUGACUUCUUGGGCGACAUUUUUCCGGGACGCAGGUGGACAGGAAGCUUUUAACGACCUGAACGGGUUCAGCCUGAACCCGCCGUACUUCAACCUCGCGGAGGGCGCGGGGAUUUCUGCCUCAGCAACCUGCGGACAGGAUGAGGCUGGAGCUCCCAGACAGGAUCUAUACUGUAAACUCGUUGGAGGACCAAAUUAUGGACUUUCUAAUCAAUACAUUCAGGGUCAAUUCUGUGACCUCUGCAACUCGGCGGAUCCAAACAAAGCUCACCCAGUGACCAACGCCAUUGACGGGACAGAGCGGUGGUGGCAGAGUCCUCCUCUCUCCAGAGGAUUGGGCUACAACGAGGUGAACGUUACCUUGGACCUUGGACAGCUCUUCCACGUGGCGUACGUCCUCAUCAAGUUUGCUAAUUCACCCCGUCCUGACCUGUGGGUGCUGGAGCGCUCUGUAGACAACGGGAGGACCUUCACCCCGUGGCAGUAUUUUGCACAUUCAAAGCGGGAGUGUAUUGAGAAGUUUGCCAAACCUCCCAACGCUCGUGUAUUAAAGGAUGACGACCAGCUCUGCACCACAGAAUACUCUCGGAUCAUCCCUUUAGAGAACGGAGAGAUUGUUGUGUCUCUGAUCAACGGCCGGCCCGGGUCCAAAAACUUCACCUACUCGCCGGUUCUACAGCAGUUCACCAAAGCCACCAACAUCCGCCUACAUUUCCUCCGCACCAGCACCCUGCUGGGGCACCUGAUCUCCAAGGCGCAGAGAGACCCCAGCGUCACACGAAGGUACUAUUACAGCAUCAAAGACAUCAGCAUCGGGGGGCGCUGCGUUUGUCACGGACAUGCACAGGUGUGCGGUGCAGGACGUAACCUGGGCAGCCCGAGGAGACUUCAGUGUGAAUGCCAACACAACACCUGCGGGGAAUCGUGUGACCGCUGCUGCCCAGGCUUUAACCAGAAGCCGUGGCGCGCUGCAACUGCUGACAGCCCCAAUGAGUGCAGGCCCUGCCAGUGUUUCUCCCAUGCCUUUGACUGUUAUUAUGACCCGGAGGUGGAAAGGAGGGGAGCAAGUUUAGACACCUUCGGCAGGUACGACGGAGGUGGAGUGUGCAUCGACUGCCAGCACAACACAGCGGGAGUGAACUGUGAGAGAUGCGUUGAAGGUUUUUUUAGACCUUACGGAGUACCCCCCGAGUCUCACACUGGAUGCAUAUCUUGCAGCUGCGAUGAGAGAACAACCACCGGCUGUGAAAUGGGAUCUGGAAGAUGCGUCUGCAGACCACAGUUUGCAGGAGAAAACUGCGAUCGAUGUGCCGGCGGAUACUAUCUCUACCCACAGUGCAUUGCAUACCCAGUGCGGCUGACAACCACCAAGUCUUCUGCAGGUCCCCCUGUGGAGCCCACUCCCUGUCCUUUAGGCUACUUCAACCCACCCAGCUGUCAGCCUUGCAGCUGCGAUUACAGAGGGACGGUGUCGAGGAUCUGUGAUGCUUCGGGGCGCUGUCUGUGCCGUGAGGGUGUGGAGGGGGAGCGAUGCGACCGCUGCCAACGUGGAUUUUAUUCUUUCCCAAACUGCCAGGUGUGCCGCUGUAACUGGGCUAGCGUGUCUGAAAGUCUGUGUGAUCCAAGCGGCCGGUGCGCUUGCCUCCCGAACUUCACCGGACAGGAGUGUGACGAGUGCGCUCCGGGUUUCUACGGAUUUCCGGACUGCGCUGCCUGCCAGUGUUCACAGCAGGGCUCAUAUGACACCGUUUGUAACCCGACGUCGGGUCAGUGCCUCUGCCUGCCGGGUGUGGUGGGUCAGCGGUGUGACCAGUGUGCUUCUGGACUGAGUUUCCCUCAGUGCUCAGGAGGCAUCAGGGGAUGCAACGUAGCAGGAACAGAGAGCUCGGAUCCUCAAACAGGCUCCUGCCGCUGCCUUCCAAAUGUGGAGGGACCUCGAUGUGACAGGUGUAAACCGCUGUACUGGAACCUGGCAACAGACAACCCUCAUGGAUGCACAGAGUGUCAGUGCGAUCUGAAAGGGACGCUGAGCGGGGUUGGGGAAUGUGAACAGAAAAGUGGGCAGUGCCAUUGUAAGCCAAACGUGUGCGGCCAUGCGUGUGACUCCUGCAAGGAGGGAUACUUCCUGAUGCAGAAGAAAGAUUAUUUUGGAUGUCAAAGUUGUCAGUGUGAUGUAGGAGGAGCCAUCCGCAGAGGCUGUGAUCAGAUUUCAGGACAGUGUCGGUGUCGGGCGAAUAUAGUUGGUCGUACCUGUACUGAACCAGCACCCGGCUUUUACUUCCCUACUUUGCACCAGCUGAAGUUUGAGAUAGAGGAUGGCACGACGCCGAACGCCAGGCCAGUUCGUUUUGGUUAUAACCCUGAAGAGUUCCCAGAUUUCAGCUGGAGGGGUUACGCCAUCAUGUCCCCGGCUCAGAGUGAAGUCAGAGUAACAGUGCAUGUUGAUUCCAAAGACGGAAGGCAGAACUUAUUCCGAGUGGUUCUGCAGUUCAUUAACCCCGGCCGCAUCAGUGUGUCUGGUAGCAUCAAGGCUACAUAUAGCAGAGGCAUUGCAGGGACAGAUCAAAUGAAGGAAAUAGUAUUUCCUCCCAGCUCCUCUCCGUCUUUCCUCACUGUCCCUGGAGAAGGGUUUGCCGAGCCCUUUGCACUGAAUCCUGGGAAGUGGAUCAUUCACAUAAAGGCAGAGGGUGUUCUCUUGGACUAUCUCGUCCUUUUGCCUCGGGAUUAUUAUGAGGCUUCUCUGCUGCAAGCAAAGGUCACCGAACCCUGCUCCUACCUUCCCACCGCAGACACAACAGCAAACUGUUUGUUAUACAAGCACAUAGCCAUGGACGCCUUCAGCUCCGUGCUGGGAACUCAGGGAAGGCUUUCCACCCGGAGAGGACGGAGGAAGAGGAGACAAGCUCGUGCUCGCCGUCCCACCUCAGAUCAUCCUGAAAUGGCGGUCCUCAACGGCAGACAGUCGCAGCUGGAGCUCGUCCUGCGAGUUCCUCAGCCAGGAUCAUACGUCCUCGUUCUGGAAUAUGCCAGCGAGGUGGAAACCGUACAAAACGUCAACAUUCUCAUCAGGGACCAGCCGAGUGGUCAGAUCAUGGCCAGAGCGAACAUUUAUACUUGUGCCUUCAGCACUUUGUGCCGGAGUGCAGCAGUGGACAGCAAAAAUCAAGUGGCGAGACUGGAGCUUGUUCACAGGACAGAGAUUCUUCUGCAGACGUCCACCACAUCAUUUCUGCUGUAUAAGUUAUACGCAGUACCUGCAGAGGAGUUCUCCACCGAGUACAUCAAGCCAAAGGAACUGUGUGUCUCCACUCAUGGACGCUUCACUGAAGACAGACGACAGCUGAGAAAUCCUCAGAGCUCAGACAGUUCCCUGUUUGAGAUGACUCCCUCCUCAGCAUUGAUUCUGUACGCCGCCCGCGACGGUCAGCUGCUGUCCACGCUCGCCGAUGCUGCUCAGAGAGGGAAGCGUGAAGACCGGAAGCAGAGACGGCAGUCGGGUCUGUUCUCUGAUCCUCACAGUGAUGGGGUUCUGCUUAAAUUCCCUCAGACGGAGAUCAGUUUCACUCCAUCAGUGCCCCUCCCAGGCAGAUAUGUUGUGGUGAUCCACUAUCAUCAGCCAGAACACAUCUCCUUCCCGGUGGAAGUACGAAUAGAUGCAGGGCGGGAAUGGAAAGGUUUGGUAAAAGCGUCCUUCUGCCCGGCGGUCUCAGGCUGCAGGGAUGUUGUUAUUGCUGAUGCUCGCAUUUCUAUUGACUUUGACAACAAUUCUUGGCCGCGGCCCACCAUCACUGUGAUCGUCCCACCAAAGAAGACUCUUAUUCUGGAUUAUAUCAUGCUGGUUCCUGAUAACAUUUACACUCCACACCUCCUGAGAGAGAAACCACUGGACAAAUCGGAGAAUUUCAAGCAGCAGUGUCCUGGAGAAGGGUUCAUUAUUGAGCCCAGAAGUUCCUCUGACUUUUGCACAGCUGCAGUUCGCUCUCUGGUUGCAGCUUACAACAACGGAUCUCUGUCUUGUGACUGCAACAAGUCCGGUUCUUCUGAGUCUGAAUGCAAUCCAGUUGGUGGACAAUGUCCUUGCAGAUCGCACAUUAUCGGGCGCCAGUGCACAAAAUGUGCCACAGGAUACUACGGAUUUCCAUACUGCAGACCUUGUGAAUGUGGGCGCCGACUGUGUGACGAAGUGACGGGACGCUGCAUCUGCCCUCCUCAGACGGUCCGACCCGCCUGCGAUGUGUGUCAGAACCUGACGUUCAGCUACCACCCUCUGCUGGGCUGUGAGAACUGUGCCUGCUCUCCCACUGGGAUCAGCACCAAUGCUGGGCCUCACUGUGACCGGGUUUCUGGGCAGUGCAGCUGCAAACCUCACAUUGGAGGCCGGCAGUGUGACCGCUGUGCUGCGGGGUAUUAUCGCUUCCCCGACUGCCUCCCUUGUGACUGUCAUAAAGACGGCGUCACGUCUAAUGUGUGUCACCCGGACACAGGAGAGUGUCUCUGCAAGAGAAACGUCGCUGGUGCCAGGUGUGAUGUUUGCCAGGAAGGAUCCUUUUAUUUUGACCCCUCCAACCCUCUAGGCUGCACCAGCUGCUUCUGCUUCGGAGCCACUGACCGCUGUCAGAGCUCCAACAAACGCAGAGGGAAGUUUGUGGAAAUGAGAGACUGGCGUUUGGAAAGCCCUGCCAUCGAGGAGGUUUCCUCUGCUCUGAACACAGCCAGCAACACAGUGGUGGCGGACAUCCAGGAGCUCCCCCCAACAGUUCAGUCCUUGUACUGGGUGGCACCGCGGUCCUACCUCAGAGACAGAGUUUCGUCCUAUGGGGGUUUCCUCACCUAUCAGUCCAAGUCAUUUGGGAUACCAAAUGAAGGGAUGACUUUAAUCGACAGACGGCCUGACGUAGUGCUGACCGGUCAGAAUAUGAACCUGAUCCACGUGGCUCCACAAAUUCCACUUCCAGACCGGCUGUUUCAGGGAAGAGUCGAGCUCUUGGAGGGAAACUGGCGCCAUGCAGGUACCAACAGGCCCGUGUCCAGAGAGGAGCUGAUGAUGGUCUUGGCAGGUCUGGUGGGGCUACGAAUCCGAGCUCUGUACUUUGCUCAGAGCCAGCGGCUGACGUUGGGGGAGGUGGGCCUGGAGGAGGCCACAAACUCAGGAACUGGAAGUCCUGGAAAUACUGUGGAGGACUGCUUCUGCCCUCCCCAGUACUCUGGAGAUUCUUGUGAGAAAUGUUCUCCUGGCUUCUACCGAGAUGCCAUCGGACCCUACCUGGGCCGCUGUGUGCCUUGCGAGUGCAACGGUCUGGCUUUCGAAUGCGAAGACAAAACAGGGAGGUGUCUGAACUGUCAGUACAACACUGCCGGGGACCGAUGCGAACACUGCAAAGAAGGUUACUAUGGCAACGCUGCGUUGAGAACAUGUAGAGCGUGCCCGUGCCCAUUCAGCAACUCCGGGAACAGUUUUGCAGUUGGCUGCAGAGAAGUGAACGGAAUCGUCAACUGCGUCUGCAAGCCGGGUUACUCUGGAGGACGCUGUGAGAGAUGUGCUGCUGGGUAUUUUGGUGACCCUAUGAGCCCAGGUGGGAGGUGUCAGCCAUGCAACUGCAAUGGUAACAGCAACAACUGUGAUCCAAGAACUGGAGUCUGCAAAAACACCCUGGAGCCAGGAGACACAAACAUAGACAAUCAAUGCCAAGAGUGUGACAGCUGCGCUCGGACCUUACUUCAGGACCUGGAGAAGCUGGAUGAUGAGUUGGCGCGCCUCAGAGCUCAGCUGGAGAACGCCUCAGCCAGCUCCUUGUCUCGGGAAAGGCUUGAUAAGCUUGAAAAAGCCGUGACGGAUACCAAGCUCCUGGUCAAAGAAUUCAGCUCCGCGGUUAACGCUCAAAAGAAUAAAGUGAACCAGCUGGAGGAUGACACCAGCAGCCUGGCGGAUGACAUCAGCUCCCUCAAAAAGCAGGCCGGGAACAGGGCUGCUGACGCGGACAAGGCGCUGGAGGACGUCGAGAAAACAUACAAAAGGGCAAAAGAUUUAGACUCAGACAUUCAGAAGAUGUUAAAGAAAAUACAAGAUCUAUUGAACCAGAUGAAGACAGAAGAAGGUCGAGGUGAUUCCCUGCCCAGUGAGUCGCUGUUGAGCAUGCUGGAGAAAGCUCAGCGCAUGCUGAAGGAAAUGGAGGAAAGGAACUUCGCUCCUCAGAAGACGGUCGCUGAGAAGGAGAGAGAGGAGGCUCAGAAAUUGCUAGACUACAUCAAGACAAAUAUGACUAAGCAGAGUGAGCAAAACGAGGCUGCAGCAGAGAAGAUCCGGAGCCUCCUGAAGGGCUUCAACACCAAACUGAAGGACCUUGACAAAGCUUUAAAGGAGGCGAUGGAACUGGUGAAAAGAGCCAAUAUGCAGAACGGUCUCAGUGCUAAGACUCUGGAAGAUUUGCAGAAAAGGAUUGAGGACUUAAGAAAACAGCGUAAAACUGUUGAGGACCAAAUAGCCACGGCUGAGGAUAAACUGCAGAAAACAGUGGAUUUGAUCAAAGAGCUCUCUGAGGGUAAAAUGGAGUACGAAACCCUCGCUGCACAGCUGGAUGGAGCCAAAACAGAUUUGACGGCAAAGGUUAAGGAGAUCACGAAUGCGGCAGCCAAGAAGAAUAUCGUGGAAGCUGCAGAGGAACAUGCAAACAACCUCGCCAAGCUAGCAAAAGACAUGGAAAAUGCUCUGAAAAAUGCAAGUGGGCGCGCUGAGGUCCGUGAUGCCAGAGAUGCUAUUGAGGCUUACCAGAACAUCACAGAUGCCAUUAAUGCUGCAGAGGCAGCUGCUAAUGAGGCCAAAGAGGCUGCAGACGAUGCCCUGAAUAAUGUACAAGACCAGAGCCUCACAAAAAGAGCUAAAGAUCUAAAGCAGACAGGCAAUGACUUGCUUAACGGUGCUCAAGAUGCAGAGAAACAGCUACAAGAUGCGACCAAAAGCAUCACUGACUUGAAUAAACGACUUAAGAAAGCUGAUAAGACGAAGAAAGCUCUCCAGAAGGACCUCCGUGAUGUACAGGCUACAUUAAAAGACACCAAGAGAGAUGAUAUUAAAAAAAUGAUUGAGGAGGCCAAAAAGAAAGCAGCAUCCGCCAAUGAAACAAGCACAAAAACCGCGGAGAAACUCAACAAUAUCACAAAUGAAAUCAAUAAGAUCAAAAUCUCGCCUUCACACUCCAACCUAAGCAAUGAACUGAAAGAUGUGAACCAGUCUGUGAAUCAGCUGAUAAAUAUCAUCCCGUCUCUGAACGACAAGAUAGCGGAGGUGGAGAAUGUGACCACGAGGUUUCCACCCAUAAACAACAUUUCUGACAGCAUAAAGAAUGUCAAAGACCUCAUCGAACAAGCCAGGGACGCAGCUAACAGGAUUACAGUCCCCAUGAAGUUUAAAGGUGAUGGUUAUGUGGAGCUGCGUCCGCCGAAGGACCUGGACGAUCUGAAAGCCUAUACCUCCUUGUCUCUGAAGCUGCAAAGGGCUCAGGGCAGAGGGGACGGCAGACGCAGACGACGGCAGGCCGCAGACAUAGACAUGUUUGUGAUGUAUCUCGGCAACAGAGACUCUUCAAAGAAUUACAUCGGUAUGGUUGUGAGGAACAGCAUUUUGUACACGGUGUACAAACUCAACGGUGUGGAAUAUGAGUUGAAAUCGAGUUACGUCAUCAGAUCUACAUCCGAACCCGCCAAGUUUGACAGAGUGGAUCUUCACAGAGUUUACCAAGAUGCAGAGAUCAUCUACACAAGCGAUGUGACCUCAAACACUCCUGGUCUCCCUGUUCGCGCCAACUCUCAAGGAGCACAGAGCAAGAACCUCCUGAACAUCAUGCCCGGCGACGUCGUCUUCUACGUUGGAGGCUACCCGGCCAACUUCACACCGCCUGUUUCUCUCAAACUCCCCAAAUACCAGGGCUGCAUUGAGUUCAUUUCAUUUAACAAUAAAGUUAUGAGUCUCUAUAAUUUUCAAAAAGCAGAGAAGAUCAACCCAGAGAUUCCAUGCAAGAGAUACCUACCUCCAGUGGACAUAGACUACUAUGAAGGAACCGGGUACGGAAAAGUGAUUUUAACCCAGAAAUUAAACACACUCCUUCGCGUCAGCAUGUCCCUCCGUGCUCGUUCCGAAAAUGGUAUCUUAUUUUAUAUUGGAACAGAGGAUAAUUACUUGACUUUGACGAUGGAGAGAGGGGUGCUUUUCGUUCGUAGCAAUCUGCUCGAGAAAGGCGUGACGGACAACAAAAAAGUAUUUCCGGUGACAGACUGGACAGACAUAGAGAUCGUCAUCAUGAGUGAAUCAGAGAUUCUAAUGCGUGUUGGCAAUAAAUUGGCAUUCCCAGUCUCAGUUAAAUUUGACACUCAAGAAUUCAAAGAAUUCUACGUUGGCGGUAUACCACAAGAGUUGAGAGAAAAAAAUAACAUCACCAUGCUGCCUUAUUUUGGAUGCCUAAAGAACUUAAAGGUGUCGACAAAAUUCCAAGACCUUAAUGAACAAAUUGGAGUCAGCAAAGGCUGUCCCGAGGAAUCUCUGAUUGUACGUGAAGCUCAGUUCAGUUUGGGGAGCUCGCUCUCUAGUGACCUCCCAGGCUUCAGUCUGGAUGGAGACUUUUCGCUCUCUCUUGGAUUCAAGAACAAAGAGCCUGAGGGUCUCAUUUUACAGGACAAGCAGGCGACUUAUGGGAUCAGCCUCGGACUGGAAAACGGUUAUGUUAUUUUGGCGGUCAACGACAAAGUAUUGAAAUCUAACAACCAGUACAAGGAUGGAGAGUGGCAUUACUUGACUGUCACUAGAAACGCUGGAAAUGUUGAGUUACACAUUGAUGAUAAUGAUUUUGCAAAGGCAGAAUCUGGCUCCAUAUCAGUGACUGAUACAGGCAGUCUUAUGCUCAUCGGAAAUAAGAAGUUCAAAGGCUGCAUCUCUAACUUUUAUACAAGAAGGCCGGAGAACCUGUACAGGGUUGAAGACCUCAGCGCCUUUGACUCCUCUGGAAACAUCUUGAUUGGUGCUUGUACGAAUGACAAUCCCAUUCAACUGAUGCUGGACCGCAACUCAAAGAGAGAUGGUGUGACUCCCGUCAUGAAUGAAACUGCUCCGGCAUGUGCGCUGCCUGCACAGGUUCAAAACGCCUACCGCGUGGGGGGGCCAGGCAGCAGUCUGAGCUACAGCCUUCCACUGCAAGUCCUGCAGCCCAGACCCCACUUCUCUUUAGAUGUCAGGACCCGCUCGGCUGAAGGGCUGCUGUUCUUCGCUGCGACCAGAAGAGGGCGAUCUCAUCUUGUGCUGUACAUGUCGAAGGGAAGGAUCAGGCUGUCUGUGGGCAAACAAAAGGAGAUCUUUAACAGGGAGAAGUACAAUGACGGGAAGUGGCACUCGGUUAUAUUUACUUUUGAGAAGAGAAAGUUCAGAUUGGUUGUGGAUGGGAUCAGAGCUCAGGAUGGGCAGCUGACAAAUGAUGAGCUGAAGUCAAUGCAGGAGUUUAUUUCACCUGUGUUUUUGGGCAGUGCCCCAGGUUCCUUCCACAAGGAGUUAAAGUCUAAGGACCUUCCAAAGCAUAGUGUGUCCGGAUGUUUGCGCAAUUUUAAAAUGAACGGAGCGCUGAUGUCAAACCCGACCACAAACACUGGAGCAGGGCCCUGUUUCGAGGGACAGACACAGAGGGGGGUGUAUUUCUCAGGGAAUGGAGCUCAUGUCAUUUUGAAUGACUCGUUCACCGUGAGAUCUACGUUUGAGCUGCUCUUCAACAUUCGUCCACGGAGUCAAACUGGACUUCUGCUUUAUGUGGGUGAUUCCGGCAGGACCCAGUCCGGCCCGGCGACGGGACAGUUCCUCACUGUAUACAUGCUCAAAGGAGAGGUGGUGGCAAAAGUGGACAAUGGAAAAGGAGAAUUUAUGGUGUCAGUGAAACCAAAAGCUUCUUUAUGUGAUGGUGCAUUUCAUAAAAUAUCAGUGAUCAAGAGGAUGCAUGUCGUGCAACUGUCUGUGGACACAAUGGACAAUUACAAGAUUGGACCACCAACUUCCACCCCUAUUUUGACCAAAGGCCCUCUGUAUUUGGGUGGCAUUCCUGGGACACUGACCCAAACGGCGCUCCCGGUCACGUCCUCUUUUAUGGGCUGCAUCCAAGACAUGACAAUCAACGAUGAGCUGAUCUCCUUCAGCCGACUGUCAGCGGUGUUUGGCCCAGUUAACCUCAAGGAGUGUCCAGGCUGAGCAACGCUGCCCUCCUCUGAACAAACCUUGGGACCAUGUUUACCACCACCUAUGUGCAAUCUGUUACCGUGACAGAGAAUGUUUUUGUGAGUGUGAAUCCGAUUUCGGUUUGAGUGUGCGAACGUGUGUGAAAGCAGAGAAACCAGCAGCAGCCGUUUGCUGCUCUCUCUUAAACAUUUCUUUUAUUUAUUGUGUAACAAAAUCAUGACACAUUUCAGGAAUCCGUUUUCUGUAAGAUGCAUCAAUUUGUUGACCCAGCAACCAAAUGCUACUGAACGGGUGUGUUUUUUUGGCCAAAUCAGCACUUUAAGAAAACAGAUCAUUUUUUUUGUAGUGGUGCUGUAAAUGAGAUCCAUAUUACAUGUUUUUGUUUUGUUGUUUUGAAAUAGAAAUGUAUUUUAUAAAAAAAAAAACAACAACUGUUUAGUCUACAAAUGACGGAUUUGGUGACUUUAAUGUGUUUUUUAAAUUGUUUUCCACGUACCAGCUUGCAGAGUUUUUUUACAUUUUAGCUGGUUAUAAGUGUGAGACAUUAUUCACAUUCUUUAUUUGACUUGUUUUGAUUAAAUGACCCACUUUGCAUU